UGCUAGGUUGUGUCUGGUUUGCUAAUGUUGCGGGCGAAGUGUAGGACGAAUAUAUAUUCGCUUUUUUUGGACAAAAACUCAGUAACUUGAGUUUAUUGAACACAACAAAAGAAAACUAUAACUAACUGACUUUAGAAAAACAAAGCACCAGCCCCGAAAGAGUCAAGAGACCGGCUUGUCAGAAUUUCAUACAACAAAACGGGAAGGCAGAGAAGCGUGCUUGGGACAGCGGACAGAGGGAUGCUUUGUCCGCUUCUUCCCACCUUAAACCUUGCGCACCACUCCUCUACUUUAUAGCGUCUGUCAAUUGCUUCGCCCUUCUUCAGUGCCGAUGCAAAGUUGAAGCUAACUUGCUUAAGAAAUGCUAUCUCUUCGCCGCCGUCUGCUCCUGUUCAUCCUGACUCAGCAGUGUCUUAUCCGGGUUCUGAUCAAUGGCCAGCAUCCGGUCCGUGGUGGUGAGCGCACUACGGCGGAGAGGCAGCAGUUCUGUCGCUGGCCCUGCAAAUGCGGUGAAACGCCCCGGUGUACACCAGGGGUGAGUUCCGUGCUGGACGGGUGUGGCUGCUGUAAGAGCUGUGCCAAGCAAAUCGGAGACGUCUGCAACGAGAGGGACGUCUGUGAUCCGCACAAGGGAAUGUACUGUGACUUUUCCGCUGACCGACCAAGAUUCCAAAUCGGAGUCUGUGCCUACUUCAUGGCAGUUGGAUGUGACCUUAACGGAGCCCACUACGAGAACGGGGAAGCUUUCCGGCCUAGUCCCCUUUACAAGUGCACGUGCAUCGCAGGCGUCAUCGGGUGUACUCCGGCGUUCUUUCAGAAGCCUGCAGGUCUUUUGGGACCCGCUCCGCUCAUGGGAAACCUGCCGGGGAGCAAGAGUUCCAAAAAACAUGCGCAGGAUACAAUGUACAUGUCAGCUUACAGGGAUCCUCACUUGGCCUGGAAAAAGAACUGUCUGAUCCAAACGACCACCUGGAGCCCCUGUUCCAAGUCCUGCGGCCUGGGAGUUUCCGUGCGCGUCAGCAACGAUAACGGCAAAUGUGAGAUGACAAAAGACACGCGUCUGUGUUUGCUGCGCCCAUGUAAGAAGAACGUGAUGAACAACAUUAAGGUGCCGAAAGGAAAAACAUGCCAACGUCAAUUCCAGGCAAAAAAAGGGGAAAAGUUGAUACUCUCGGGUUGUUCAAGUACCAAGAGGUUCAAGCCCAUGUACUGCGGCACCUGUAUGGAUAAGCGCUGCUGUUCCCCCAACAAGUCACGAAUGAUCAAGGUCAACUUCCGAUGCCCAGGAGGCGCGACGACAGAGUGGAAGAUGCAGUGGAUAACUUCCUGUGUUUGUCAGAAGACGUGUGGUUACUCGGGUGACAUGUUUUCAGACUUGCGUUUGAUAUGAUUCCUACGAGGAAAAACAGACCCAAAGCACAGACCCGGUCUUCAGGUUUUGCAGUUUUGGUCACAAUAUUAAUAAUAAUCAUAAUUUGGGCCUUUAAAGGAUUUAUUUUAAACAUUCUUAUUCCACAGUGGAAUUAUUGCUACAGUACAGACAAUUAUUUAUUAUUGUUUUAUUAAAAACAGAAAAAUAUACAAACUUUUUCAGUGCUUUGGUUCCGAUUUUCUACAAUAAAAGCUCUGAUAAAACAUUGCACUGUUCUCAAAUA